AUGAGAUUGACUCGUGGUACUUCUCCCCUUACCCACCGCAUCUCACCAACACGGGUCGUCUCUUCAUCUGUGUUGCCUGUCUCAAGUACUCCAGCACUCCCUCAGCCUAUGAGCGACACCUGGGGAAAUGCCAGCACGUUGUCCCACCAGGGGAGGAGGUCUACUGCUGCCGGCUCCUCCCCCCUGCCCCUGCUGCCCCCACUGCUGCACCUCCUCCUCCUCGUGAGCCUGCGGCUGCAUGCUGACUUGGAAAGGGGACCUGCUAACGUGGCUGAGAUGGGUGGCAGUGUGUGUGCCGGGGAUGCUGACGUGGAUGGGAAGGGCAGUGAGCGCAAGCGGGAAGAGGGAGAAGGAGUCAAAGCAGAGUGUGAGAAAGGGGAGGUCGGGAAGGAAGGAAGUGGUAAGAGCGGGGAUGGGAAGGGAGGGACUGCAAAGUGUGAGGCGCAGGGGCAGGAGCAGGAGGUGUCAGCUGGGAAAUGCAAGCAGGCGGGGAGCAAGGAGUCUGAUGCGGUUCAGAAGGGUGCAGAGAACGGAAAUGGUGGCGGGAACGAAGGAGGAGUGCUUGGAAAGGGAGAGGAAACUGGUGGCAGUGAUGGUAGCGGUAUGCUGCAUGUCUUCAGGGUGGAUCCAGCCAAUGCGAAGCUGUACUGCCAGUGCCUCUCCCUCCUAGGCAAGCUCUUUCUGGAGCACAAGCCACAGGUAUACACUGUAGAAGGCCAUACCUUCUAUGUCCUCACAAGGGGCUCCGACACGUGGCAUACUCUCAUUGGCUACUUCGCCAUUGAGUCUUCCCUUCAAGCCUCUCAACCACCCAAGCGCAACUCUCCAGCGGCAGGUACAGAGGCGGCCGAUUCACACAGGAAGGAUGUUGAGACCACUCCUGAGGCGCCUCAGGGGCUGGCAGAUCCACGCAGACUUGAAGCAAAGGCAGGGGCAGGGGCAGGGGCUCCCAAUGUGGCUCAAGAAGAGCCAGGUGAUUCUCACGGCAUGGAGGUUGAUACGACUCCUGAGGCACAUCAAAAGCUGGCUGAUCCACGCAGUCUCGAAGCAGAGGCAGAUGCAGUGGCAGAGGCUGCUCGUAAGGCUCCUCGAAUGCCGGGCGAUGUGCCUUUUGAGUCGACUCAGAAGGCUGCUCCUAAGGCUCCUCAAGAACAGGGUGGUUCACUCAGGAUGGAGGAGUCAUGCACAGCAGCCAACCAAGCAGAGGAGACAAGAGGAGGUUCGGCGGCAUUGUCACCAUCGCCAUCAUCACCACCCGCCAUUCUCCAUCUCUCCAGCGUUGUUGUGCUCCCUCCCUUCCAGCGUCGCGGGUUCGGCCGAUGCCUCAUCUCAGUCGCCUAUGACAUGGCAGCAGCCCUUCAGCAGCGUCUGGUGCCCAAGCCUCCCCUCUCUGACCUCGGCAAUGUGGCCUUCAGAAGCUUCUGGCGCUGGCAGCUGCUGCGCUUUCUGAAGAAGCUUCAAGGAAGCUGCAGCAUCGAUAGUCUAUCCAAGAGCACAGCACUACAAUCAGAGGACAUUAGGACGGCUCUGAAGCAACUCAAACUCACAAAGUACUUAGAUGCCAGUGGCAACAUCAGUGUGCCGCCCAGUGUCCUCAGCAAGAAGACAAAGCAUAUGAUCCUGGAUUAUCUUCUCGUUGACGGAUCGCCAGCACAGCUGGUUACCACUGGAGUUGCUGCACUGUGA